AUGAAAAGAUUCCCACUCACUUUGCAGCCAAUGGUGCGAGGUGACUGUUGUCGGUACUGCAGUAUUACUACUACUAGAACUACUAGAACUAGUAGUAGUACUGGUACAGUGUUUCUGCGUUAUGGAAGAGCCCUGUUAUCGGUUGGUGCUACACACAUGCGGCACAACUCCACACAGUUUAUUGGCAGAGAUAAUGCGACAGUUGCAUCAAAGGGAGUGAAGCGGCCGGUUGUGUCAUCUGUGAAGCGCAUGAUGCCACCACCGCAGCGGCCUUCAGUUUCAUCUUCGUCAAUGAAAUCAACACUCCCGCCUUCACCGCUGGCAGCAGCAAAUCAACCACUCUUCGAUGUGGAGGGGAUAAUUACCGCAUUAUCAGAGGUAUUCAUUGCUUAUCAGAAACAUUUGCUUAGCCAAACAGAAAUAACAACAACGAGAGCAGGAGCAGGAGCAGAGGGGGAUAAAUCUGGGGUCAAAGUACCAUUCUAUCCUCCUGUACCACUAAAAUUCAUUGAGGAACACUUUCAAUCAUUUCUUCUACGGUUGUUUUCUAUCAAUAGUGGUACUAAUACUGGGACUCCCACCAUACAUUUAGUGGGUGAUGAUCCGUCUGCAGAAAAAAACAGAGAGCGUCUCGCGAGUCGCAUACAGAGUUGUGGCGUUUUCACUUUAGCUCCUCCUCCACGCAUACCACAACAUGGGGAAAAGGAAUUGUGUAAUAAGCAAGAUAAUCUUGUUCUUCGUGUUAAACCAGGGGUUAGGGAAUUGGCAUUUGAUAUCGCUGUUUUUCUUUCUUCACUUGAAUCUUCAACAAGUGACACAAAAAAAGGCGUGCCGCUGGCUAUUAUUAGACGCAUGUCGCUUAGUCCAUCCGCAUCUGCAUUUAUACGCCACAAUCUCGCUGGUGAUGUCAAGCGUUUACUCUUGGUGUAUGAGCAAGAUGUGUUUGUACUAAUAAAAAAAGGCGCAAUGGUUCGAUUAAAGGGGACUGCAUUUGGAGGGGAAGAGGAAGAGAAGAAGAAGGAAAUAGUGUCAAAUCCUUCUUUAACUACAACACUCUCGGAGCAAGAACAACAACAACAACAACAAAACAAGAAGAAAAGUGAUAUGAUUUCAUCCAGUAAAGAAGGAAAUAUGGAUUCUGGAAAUAUCACAAGCGCAGCAACAGCAUCAUUAACUCCUCCAUUCAGUCAUACGACUAGCCAUUUGAUUGCUGAUGAAAAAGAUACCGUGUUGCACAUGGGAAAAAGACUUAUCGCACCAUCUGCGAUGGAGCGUUAUCGACUUUCACAGAAAUUAUUACCACUAUUAGACUUUAUUCCGGUAGCAGAAUCAGUACCAAGAACAAAAAGAACAAUAACCAAUGAAGAAAAAGAAGAAGAGGGAAAGGCAGAAUAUCAUAUUUCUCAAGAAAGCAAAAAUGAGAAUGGUGAUGAUUAUCUUGGUUUCGUAGAUUUCGCUGCAGUGCGUGAUCGAGCAGUUGAGACACACCCGCAUUUGGCUCCCCUUUUAGUUUUAGAUCCCAACGAUGUUGUUCGAUGCCGUGAGGGUUUAUUGCUUUCUGCACUCGGUGCUUUGGGUGUGGAAUGGCGCUGGGGACGUCCACUUCCAACAGUGGACGAACGAUUAAGACCACAAAAACAACAACAACACCAACACCGUAUGAAUGUGAAUGUGAGUAACAACCUUUCUUCGGAAGUGGGUCUUCUCUUUCUUCGACGACGGGCUCUCCCACGAAAUACAGCGAUGACGUUAGACCAGAAUAAGAAUAAAAGGGAAUGUGAACACCUUUUACUGGUGGAUUUACAGGUCGAGCAAGAUGGAAUACCGCUAACACGUCGUUCAGACGAUUGGUGGAAAUACAAAGAUGGGGUUUUAUCCUCAGAUGCUGAGAUUACUGAAUGCAAAAACAGUGACGAGGAAAAAGAACAAGAAGAAGAUAUAUGGAAUCGCACCUUCUCUCUUAUACAUACUGCGGUUUAUGAUGAAUUAACAGGACCUGCAGCUGUAAUGGGAGCGGCAACUGCAGCAGUAACAUUAUCUACACAAGAAAGUACCCCUCUUACUACAAGUGUCAUUUACCCAGCUGGAGCAUGUGCUGAUGCUGUUUUUGUUCAACAUAUUUUACGGUGCUUUUCCACACGUCACUAUGAACAGUUGCAAAGUACGUUGCUUAAUGAGAUACAAGGUAUUGUACCACAGCUAUUUAAGCAAGAAAUUCUUCAAAGUAUUGGAUGUUUGUUCUUCCCUUAUGGUAGAGGUAAUAAUAAUAAUAAUGAUAAUGAUAUUGUUAAUGGUGAAGCAGCUAACUAUAACAGAAACCAUGAAGGAAAAGAAACAGGAUUUGUGGUGUUUAACAAAUACGUAGAUGGUUUUUAUGCUAAUAAUGCAAAUAUGCGGUUACCAUUGAUUCGACCUCGUGCAACACCUGAAGAACCUCCACUUGCGUAUCGGCAACUUUUGCCUGCAAUGUUAGUACUUGAAAUUCUCUCUUGUCUCCAUCGUGAGCAGCAACGUCAUGCUGAGGAGAUUGGUCUUGAGAUUGAUGAUGAUGAUGAUGAUGAAAAUGAUAAUGAUAACAACAAGGGUGAUAAUUAUAAGAGUAGUAACCAUAGCAAUGACGACUGCCUUUGCUUUUCUUCACUUCGCCAGACAUUGCGUCCGGCGAGUCGUGCGUACAUUCGUGAUAAUAUGGGUGAUCCUGCAAUGAUUCCUCUUCUUAUAUCGUGUUUUCCACAGUACUUUCGUGUACCUAUUGUUAAUACGGUCCCCUUGUGGUCAGCUAUUGGUCUCACACGUGAAGGACGGCGGUUGGCGCGUAUGUUAGAGAACUCUUCGCUAUCAUCGUCAUUACCACUACCACUACCGCCACCAUUAGGUGAGCUCCAUUCUACAAGUUACCGUAGUCAACACACUGGAUGUUGUUUCACAAAUGAUAUACAACAACAACUAGAUGCAUUUCUCAUAAGGCGUUGA